AUGCUCUACUCUUCCUACGCGGCGCCGCUACCGCCCAUCAUGGCAUCGUCCAGCUCGGCAACCGCCAGUCCGGAUCGGUUCGAGUACAAUGGUCAUCACGUCGUCGCCUCGGAUCUCGAGAGCCAUCUAUGCACGCAUGCACUCGUGCGCGAUUGCGCGGUCAUUGGCGUAGCCCAGCCCAACGGCAUAGUCACCACCACAGCCAGCCACGUCAGGAUCGAGCACACGCUGCCCAUGGCGUUUGUAGCGCUCAGCGCGUCCGGACGCGAACGCUCCGCCCUCGGAGGCGAUAAGGAGUCGCGACGCAUGAAGGCGCAGCUCACCAAACACCUCGUCGCCGCCGCACCGCUCUUCAAGACGAUCAAGCCGCGGCUGCUGUUUGUCGAGUCCAUCCCUCGAUCCCCCAUGGGCUCACUUCUUCGCCAUCUGCUGGUGGACAAGGCCAUCGCCCCUGCUGCUCCCGCUCCGGAUAAGGGGUUCUUCAACACGGUGCUCGCCGAGCCCUCGACAUCGCCCAAGAAGGGUGUGCGUGAUUCGAAGCGACGCGCGACGCACAGUCAGAUCGAACGCAGGCGGCGCGAAAAGAUCAACGACCGACUCGUGACGCUGCGCUGUAUCGUCCCCGCGUGUGCGCAGGAACUUGCCGACCGCCGACGCCAAAAGCAGGAGGACGAGGAUGAGGCCGCCAGGAUCGCGGCGGGUGGAGCUCCCAGGACGUACAUCGAUGCGGCAACGGGAAAGCCCAAGCGCAAACGAAACCGCAAGCGAGUGGAUAGCAAGAAGGCGGCGGGGGAGGACGAGUUGGGUCUGCACAAGUUGGAUGUGUUGACGCAUGCGAUCAACUACAUCUUUGAGCUCAAGGCGCACAUCCACGCGUUGGAGACGGGCGAGAGGCCGCAGCACGUGCCUACGGCCGACAAUCCGUUUGGAGUGCGCAAUGCGGAUGGAUCGUAUCGGCAAGAUGCAAAGAUGGAAGACGCCGACGAAACCCAACCCCACGACGAUGAUGAAGAGGAGGAGGAGGAGGAGGACGAGGAGAUUGAGGCGAGUGAUGACGAGCCGCUUUCGAAGCGGAUUCGCGACACGGAGCUGCGCUCGCACUCGACCCAUCGCUCCUCCUCCUCGGGUGCAAGUACGGACAUCUCGCCCUGCUUCUCGCUCAUCCACACGAGCCCAUCUGCCAUCUCGCCGGCGACAACGACCAUGUCGCCGAUGAUGAGUCUCGCCGCCGAGUCGCCGAUUCUGCUUCCCGAUGCGGCCAUGCCCCUGCCCAAGCGUGCGGGACGCGAGUCGAUCUCGCUGCUCAAGCACCUUUCGCUUGCAUCGCCGAGGGGUGCCAUGGGUCCGGCGUACGGAGAGCAGAGCGAGGUGCGCAGCAAGACGCCCGGACUGGCAGAUGCCAGGGACGCAGCAGAGUUGUUGCUGAACUUUUCAACUUCGCCAGAGGUGUUGAGACCCCCAAGGGGUGGCUUGGCGAGUCCGCCGCUGCUCGCACUCGAUGCGCCGCACGAAAAGUCGCCCGAGGCAAAGAUGGACAAGGCGUAG